AUGAAGAAGAAAGAUGUCACACAGACAUGUCGUCUCAACAUAACGCGAACCAAAACGUCGACACAACAUGCACAAAAAUAUACGUGGGACGCUUGCCUUGGUCUAACGACAAAAGAAAAUUUGAGAAGAAUCUUCGAACGGUUCGGUGAAAUAAUCCGUGUUGAUGUGAUCUAUAAUAGAGAAACACGGCAAUCAGAGAGCUUUGGCUUUGUCACGUUUAGAGAUGCUGAAUCUGCAACGAGAGCAAGCCAGAGUCAGUUCCCGAUCGUAGGCGGACGACUAGUCAAGUAUAAUCUUGCUUAUUUUGGUGCUUUUGUUUUUGUAACCGCUGCUCAACAACAAUUAGCUACCUCUAUAUACCCUACUGGUACUCGAACCCAUCACAGUAUUAUCCGGCUUAUCCAUAUUACCCUUACCCACCGCAGUAUUACUAGAGGAACCACCAUGGCUCAAGACUUAUGA